AAGGCCAUGUAUUUUUAGUAACAACUGUACGGGUUGUUGUUAUUCAUAUUAUGAUACAACCUGCUGAACACCCAUCGUCUGCUUGAAAUUUUUGAACCAAGAAGAAACGUAUUAUAUUGUACGCCGUAUAAUCAUUUAAUUGCUGGCCGUCAGCUCAUGAUAAUAUCACAGACGCAUAUAUAAAAUUUUCGUGAUCGUCCGCCAACAUGGCUGUUGCACUAAAACAACUUCGAUCCCAACGCAGCUAUCUGGGGAAAGUCCAGGCUUGUAUAUUAGAUUGGAGUGGAACCACAGCUGAUAAAUAUGUCCUGGCCCCGGCUGUCGUUUUCUGUGAUGUUUUUAAGAAACACAAAGUUCCAAUAAGCAUGCUGGAAGCAAGAGGUCCCAUGGGGCUACGGAAAGAUCUCCAUAUUAAGGCGUUAACGGAGGUGGAUUCUGUUAGACAGAGAUGGUUGGACGUCUACGGAAAAUACCCAGAAAAAGCAGACGUGGAUAGGAUGUUUGAGGAUUUCGUCCCGAUGCAAUUAGCGUGUAUAAAACAAUACGGAGCAUUGAUCCCAGGGGCAGCGGAAGCCGUAAAUAAAUUACGCCAAGAGUAUAAUUGUAAAAUCGGCAUGACGACAGGUUUUUUGCGAUCAAUGGUGGAUCUGUUGUUGGAGGAGGCCAAAAAGCAAGGCUUUGAACCAGAUGCAAAUGUCGCUGGAGACGAAGUCGUUCAUGGAGCUCGACCUAAACCGUAUAUGGUAUAUCGCAACAUGGACUUACUAAACGUACAUCCAAUUCAAUCUGUGGUUAAAGUUGACGACACUGUAUCGGGCGUUGGUGAAGCCAUAGAGGCCGGUUGUUGGGGAGUUGGAGUGGCUAGAUAUUCAAAUUAUAUGAAUGUUGACAGUUUAGAACAGGCACAAAAACUGACGCCAGAAGAAAUCGAAACGCGUCUAGCGUAUAGUCGUAAAUUACUGGUUCAUUCCGGGGCUCACUAUGUAAUUGAUAGUAUCGUGGAAUUACCUGACGUCGUGGAUGACAUCAACAGAAGAUUAGCCAAUGGAGAGAAGCCUUAGAAGCAUACGUUGAUUAUUUUUUCUAACGUGUGAUUCGUUUUAAAAGUUGUUUUGAUUUAUAGUUUGACAAAACGACGAACUGAAUGUCAAGGACACAGAAAAAGAUUGACAAUGAAGGAAUAGAUUGAUUUUUUAAUUUAUCUAAAUUGAUAUACAUCAACUGUUUUUAUUGUAUUCUAAUUGUAUAUUACUGUCGACAAUUAUUGUAACCUCACUACAGAUCAAGAGUUUUUGAGAUUUUAAAAAAAAAAACAAAAAAAAACUAGCUGGAAUGGUUUGGCUACUCAUCUUUCAACUUUAUCAAGUGAUUCUUUAUCAUGCAUUAUGUAAGAUUAUCAAGUGAUUCUUUAUCAUGCAUUAUGUAAGAUUUAGAUAGAGGGCAGACAUUUCUUGUUAUAAUAUUUAUAUUAAAGAUACAUUAUGUAAGAUUUAGAUAAAGAGCUGGUCGUUCUUGCUAUAAUAGUUAUAUUACAGAUACAUUAUGUAAGAUUUAGAUAAAGAGCUGGUCGUUCUUGCUAUAAUAGUUAUAUUAAAGAUGCAUUGUGUAAAAGAAAGAACUGCAUCUUUAAGUAAUUUGUGUUAUGCUGGUGGUGGUGGAUGUAUAUUUGUUUCCCGGCAACUCUGUGUUUCAUCUUUCUUCAAUGUCAUUAAACCAUUUAUUAUUUGUU